AUGGCCCUGGGUUCGUUCGUUCUUUCUCUCAUCGCCACUGCGGUGACAUUUCAGGUGGGAUCCCUCCUGUCGUCGCUCCUUGUUACGUCUUCCGGUUCCGUCAUUAACCGUCCGAAUGUCUUCCCUCAGGCUGUGCAUGCCCGCAAUAUCACGCCCAUCGGCCCCCAGCAACUGCGGUGGGACGGCCCGGUUUGGAGUGACAAGCCCGAUCAGACUCUCUGGGUGAAUGACAUCGACGACCUGUGGAACCAGAUUCUGGCAUUGAACCCCCAAUGGGUAGAGAUGCUUCCAGACCCAGGCGAAACGAUGAAGGACUAUGGCACGAGACAUUGCGGCCCUGAAAGCAAUCUGGCCACAGGUGACUCGAGCAAGAUCAGCGAGCUCCUGACCAAGCUGGGCUCGCUCCGCGGCUCCUGGAGCAUCAAGGAGGAAUGGUGCCACCGUCUGGGGUGCAGCGAUAACGCGGGCAUAUACUGGUGCAAUACCAACAAAUGGGCCAUCCGUGCCGAGGGUCUGAGGCUCUACACCCACGGCGUGCACGUCCGUGACCUCUGCUGCCACCGCAGCGACGGCAGUCUGUACGCCAACGACCCCAUCUCAGGUUGGGAGAUGUUCCCGGACAGUGACAACGAGGCGGCCCACUCGUACGUCGCCAUCGGAUACGGCAGCUGCUCCGACCCCCGCAGCGCACCCCCCAGCUUUCCCUUGAUCCACCGCUACCCGGGUAGCUACGGCAACUGCCCAGCGUAG